GGAGGCUUGAGGGUGGACUUGCAGUCAUUGUAAGCCAGUAAGUCACGGUGAGGUGCGGCCAGGCGGAUUUUGUGAGCGUGUGUGCAAAUUGUGAUGAGUAAAAGCAUUAGGCAUCUCAGCUGCUGAUACAGCCAGUGUGUGUGUGUGUGUGUGUGAGCGUGCGAUUGAGGAAGGGAAAGAGAGAGCGGGAGAGGAAGAAUUAAAAAGAAAACGAGGAACGAAGAAAAGGGGAAAAAAGAAAGAGGAUACUAUAGUCAUGCUGUGCUGCAUUAGAAGAACAAAACCGAUUGAGAAAAAUGAAGAACCUGAUCAAAAAUUGGAACAAGAUGCUCACAAACCAGAAGACAAAGCUCACAAGGCAGCCACCAAAAUCCAGGCGAGCUUUCGUGGACACAUAAUUCGAAAAAAACUCAAGAAUGGCAAGAAGGACGAAAGUGCUGCCGUCCCAGAGGCAGCGAUGGAGGGAGGGGAAAAGAAAGGGAAAAGCUCCCCAGUGGUGGAUCAGGCCACAGAAUGCACUACUGAAGAAAGGGAAACACCAAACCAACCAAAAAGUUCAGAACCCGACAAGGCAACUAACACCCCUGCAACUGAACCAGCGAAAGAAGAGGCACAGUCAGAAGCACCCACGGAGACAACGGGAACUGCCAAAGAGGAGGAGGGAUCCGCGGCUGGUGAAAAAGUCUCUUCCCCUACAGAGAAGCCCACUGUUAAUGAGAGUGAAUCUUCUCAGUUAGCUGCAGCCAAGGAGACACAGCAAGACGUUAACAAGGAAGUGGAGGAACUCAAAGAAGCCAAUGUGCCUGCUGUCAAUGAAGAUGAGCCAUUACCAGACAAGUCCCAAAAUGAGGAGAAUGAGUCUCAACUUCCAGAGAAAAAAGACGAUGUCGAGACUAAACCAACUGAAAGUGUUCCAAUAGAGACAGAUAAAGGUGAAGACCAGGCCAGCCAAGACAAAGUCUGAAAAAUAUUAGUAAUUAUGCGUAACAGGAAUUGUCAUUCUGCCUUCUAAGUGUAAGGACCAUUCAUUUUAUUCAAUUUUUUUCACUUUUUUGUGUGACAGUUAUUUUCUAAAAUUGGGGGAGUUCCCAUUGAAGGUGUUUGGCUCAAGCUAGACCUAAAGCCUUUUAAUUUUAAGGUUCAUCAUAUUGUAAUGAUUUGAUUAAAAAGGCGCAAAAUUUCUUCAGUCUAAAUUAGAGCGACCCCUAAUGUUAUCUUAAACAUUGAGAGUGUGUCUAGCAUUGUAAUACCGACUGAUAUUUGAUUCAUGAUGGUCACCUCACACAAAAAAGAUGAAAUGGAUUUUGAACAGUAUGACGUGUAGUACCGUAAAACCCAGCAGAGUACAACAGCUUGUCAGCAUGACAUGAAUCCCUCGAGUCAUUUAACCAAAGCACAUGGAAACGCCUCCACAGAAAUGUUUGGCAGUCACAAAAAAACAUAAAAACAAGAAAGUGACUUAUUUUAGAUGUUGUUGGUGUUGUCAUGACAGUUUGACAUAAUAAAUUAUUUGAAAAUAUUCUGCACUGUAUUUAAAGCAGGAAUUAACAAAAACAACAAAAUUGCUCUGGUUGUUUUCCAUGUUAAGUGAGUGCAAUCUUCAGUUUAAAUAUAUAAGGAGUUAAAAUUGUGAGUGAAUAAAUGGUUCAGUUCAAUUCUAUGUGAUGGGAAACUUUUGUCUGUUUUCAAAAUAAAGCAACGUGCCAAUUACAACAUUCAUUGUGAGAA